GUGGAUUACAGUAAUCCUAUCUACUAUACCGUUGGCUAUCACACACUCAUCGCAUUCCAGCACAGCUGAAGAGGAAGAUGGAGGUCACUGCUCGAUGUGCUGCUGUGCUGUUCCUCCUGCUUCUAUCUCAGGCCCUGAUCGCUGUCCACUCACAGGAGGAGGACGAGGCGGUCCCGGAGGAGGAGGAGGCUGUCCCGGAGGAGGAGCUGCAGGAGGAGGACCAGCAGGUGAUCGAGACAUGGACAUCAAACACAAAAGCCUGCACCUGUGACUGUGAGUCUGCUGAUUCACCCACACGUGCCACCACUGUCAUCCCAACUGUCCUGCCGACCUCACUGCUGCCACCGCCACCUCAGGCUCCCUCACUGAACUGCAUGCCAGAAUGCCCUUACCACCGAGCUCUGGGCUUUGAAUCUGGAUCUGUGACAUCAGAGCAGAUCAGCUGCUCCAAUCAGGACCAGUACACGGGAUGGUACUCCUCCUGGAUGCCCAGCAAUGCUCGCCUCAACAACCAAGGCUUUGGGUGUGCAUGGCUCUCCAAGUUUAACGACCCACAUCAGUGGAUCCAGAUUGACCUGAUGGAGGUGGGUGUGGUGUCUGGCAUCCUCACCCAGGGCCGCUGCGAUGCUGAUGAGUGGAUUACUAAAUACAGCAUCCAGUAUCGCACUGUGGAAACUCUCAACUGGAUCUAUUACAAAGACCAGACAGGAAACAACAGGGUCUUCUAUGGGAACUCUGACCGCACCUCCAUGGUACAGAACCUGCUGCGCCCCCCCAUCGUAGCUCGCUACAUCCGCCUGCUGCCGCUGGGCUGGCACACCCGCAUCGCCAUAAGGAUGGAGCUGCUGAUGUGCAUGAACAAGUGUUCCUAAAGUGUGCUCAGCCUGCUUUUUAAUCACUGUCCAUCCUUCCCCUGCCAACCUGCCGCUUGCCAAAAGGGUGACAUCGGUCCAGCAUGAAAAAGAUCCAUCAUGUUACUUUGUUACAACCUUCCUCUCUUUAAUGAGGCUCAAAGCAAACUAAGUUUGGGAAGGUGGACAUGUUUGAUGCACUAUUUAUCUGUCUUAAAGUCUGUAUGAAUUAAUUGUUUUAAUAUGUAAAUAGGACAUUGGACACAUACAGGGGAUUUCAGUUUAAAAUGCAAUUUAAAGGCCUGUUCUUCAAUAAAGCUACAGGAGUUAAAAAAAGAA